AUGCAGCAGCAGAUGGCGGCAACGGUGGAGGAGCAGAUGAUGGUGAAGGCGAUCAGGGAGGAGUCCGCAUGGGAGGCCCUCCCCAAGCGCGUCCAGGCCGCGAUCAUCUCCAAGGACGACUGGCACCGCAGGGUCGUCGACUAUUGCAUACGUAAACGGUUGCCAUGGAGCUCCUGUUUUGCCCGCAAAGUAUGCAAAGAAGGGGAGUAUUACGAGGAUAUGAUGCGCUAUCUCCGCAAAAAUCUUGCUUUAUAUCCAUACCAUCUUGCAGACUAUACAUGUCGAGCAAUGAGGAUAUCACCCUUCAGAUAUUAUUGUGAUGUUCUUUUUGAAGCUAUGAAGAAUGAGCAACCAUACGACAGUAUUCCAAAUUUCAGUGCUGCUGAUGCCCUGAGGAUUACUGGUGUAGGAAGAAAUGAAUUUAUCGAUAUCAUGAAUAAGUGCAAAUCAAAGAAGAUAAUGUGGAAGCUGAACAAAUCAAUUGCGAAAGAGUUGCUGCCUGCACAACCUGCAGACUUAGCGAUAGAACCAUGGUGGGGAGUUCGGUUUGUCAACUUUACAUUGGAAGAGUUUAAGAAGCUUUCAGAAGAAGAGACAUCAGCAAUAGACAAAAUAUGUAAGGAGGAAGUCAAUUCAUAUGUUCUAUUUGAUCCAGAAGUUAUAAGCGGUCUUUACAGGAGAGGAAUGGUAUACUUCGAUGUCCCUGUUUAUCCCGAGGAUCGCUUCAGAGUUUCCAGGCUUGAAGGUUUUGUUUCAAACAAGGAUCAGUCUUACGAAGAUCCAAUUGAAGAGCUACUAUAUGAUGUAUUCGUUGUAUCAAGUGAAAAUGCCACAGUUGCUGAAUUGGCUGCAACUUUACAGGCUGACCUUUAUCAGCUACAGGCAGCUGCAUCAUUUGCUUGUCGACUGGGCUGGGCUGUAAAACUUUUUGAUACCGACUCCGUUCUUAGAGAUUCAUACACUCCUGCAUCGUCCAGUAAUAUUCUUAGUGAUGAUGAUGAAGGUUGGCGUACGAGUAUCACCUCAGAAAAGUCUGGCCAUGAGUUGCUUAGUAAUGAUUCUGAUGGACACAGGAAAAUCUCCGGGACUGCUUAUGUGGGCUUCAUUGUGGAUGCUAACGUAACUUCAUACCUGAUGAUGGGUUCACUGUCUCCAGGUUUAAAGUCUCAUGCUGUAACACUAUAUGAGGCCGGAAAACUAGGCGAUUGUUGCAUCGCUGAUCUAUGCAAUGAUCUAGCAAGUUUAGAAGGAAAAAGGUUUGAGGGUGUGCUGCAGGAAUUUGCAAAUCAUGCUUUUAGCCUUCGAUGCUUCCUCGAGUGUUUGCUGUCUGGCGGAACCUCAUCAAAUGAAACCAGUGAUAAGACAAGUGGAGCAAAUAAUCAGCAGUGCUCCUUGCAGGAUGAUUUAGAUGCCCCUUCAACCAAGGAAAGCAUUGAGGAUGGUGUUGAUAAUGUUGUUGAGAACAAUGAAAGCUCACUUCAAAUUACAGAAUCUUCUGAUGGUGGUCAGCAAGAUAAAUUAUCACAACAGGACCACCAAACGGGUGAUUUAGAUGCUGUAGACCGCAAUGCGUCAUCACCGUCAACCAUUGUGUCUGAAAGCAAGGAAAACAUACUCAAACAUGAUUUUGACAACAUCCAGACUACGCAGUUGGGUGGUUCAACUGGUAACAGCCCAUCGUCGAAGACUAAAAGAAAAUACCGAGUGAAUAUUCUUCGCUGUGAGAGCUUAGUUUCACUGGCCCCGUCAACACUAGAAAGAUUACUUCUCAGGGACUAUGACGUUAUGGUGUCCAUGAUUCCUCUUCCAUCUUCAUCAGUUCUACCCAACACUACUGGCCUAGUACAUUUUGGUCCACCUUCUUACUCUUCCAUGACACCUUGGAUGAAGCUGGAAUUAUAUACAUCAGGGAGUUGUGGCCCAAUAUCUGCCGUUUUUAUGAAAGGGCAACGAUUGAGAUUGCUCCCUGAACCAUUAGCCAGCUGCGAAAAGGCGCUCAUAUGGUCUUGGGAUCAAUCUGUGGUGGGUGGAAUAGGAGGAAAGUUUGAAGGGAACUUGGUGAAAGGAGGUCUUCUAUUGCAUUGCUUGAACUCAAUGACAAAAUAUUCUGCUGUCAUAGUACAGCCACUGAGCAGAAAAGAUCUUGAUGAAACAGGAAACAUCAUCACCAUGGAUGUCCCGUUGCCCCUGAAAAAUGCCGAUGGGUCAAUUUCAUCCACGAUAGCUGGCACUAAUUUGCCUGAGAAGCAAGUAUCAAACUUGAUUUUAUUAUUGGAAGACUUGUCCACUAAAGUUGAGUUAAGCACAGUUGGUUAUCUUCGUUUAGUAAGGCUUCACAGGGUAAGUGAAUCCAGUGAACUUCCUGAGAAUGAAAGUUACGAGUGGAUACCUCUGAGCCUGGAAUUUGGAAUCCCUUUGUUCAAUCCAAAGUUAUGUGAACGAAUAUGUGAAAGGGUGGUUGAGUCGCAUAUACUCCAAAAAGAUGAUAUCACUGAACAUUACGAGGCAAUGCAGAAUGUGAGAAAGAGGUUAAGAGAGCUCUGCACCGAGUAUCAAGCAACUGGUCCAACACCACGGCUAUUCAAUCAACGGGGAGGCUCAAAGAACAACUCGCCGCGCAAACUAGUCAACAUUGUCAGUGGCAGAUGGAGUCCGUUUCAUGAUCCGUCAACGCCUACCCAUGGAGGUUCCCCGCACGAACACGACCGAACAAAACCUGCAAGACGGCAGAGAUGCUUCACUGAAGUUCUGAGCUUUGAUGGGAACAUACUCAGGUCGUACGCACUCACUCCUGUGUAUGAGGCUGCUACAAGAUCUGUCUCUGAAGAGCAACCAUCCACACCUGUAGCGAAACCAGAUCAUGAAGACGCAAACACCAAGGAUGUGGCCUUGCCAGGAGUCAACCUGAUAUUUGAUGGAGCGGAGUUGCACCCUUUUGACAUCGUUGCCUGCCUACAAGCUCGCCAACCUCUCUCGUUGAUAUCUGAGGCAUCUGCCGCCUCAUUGGCAAUGAAAUGA